AUGGCGGACGAGGAGGCCGAGCAGGACCGUAGUCCUGAGAACGGGAUCAGUGAAACGAUUUGGGAACUCAGACAACGGUUGCAAGAAUUGCAAGAAGUCGUGGGUAGUGAAAGCAGCGAAUCUCCGGUCCACUCCUCUUCUGAGUACUGCCAAGAGUUUUGUAGGACACUGCUGGAGUACGCAGGCCGCUGGAAGAUAGAGGAGGAGCCUCUGCCGCUGGUGGAAGUGUACAUAGUCGCCCUGCUGAGUUACGCACAAGCCUCUCCAUACCUCUCCCUGCAGUGUGAAAAUGUUCCUCUUGUAGUUGAAAGGCUGUCACUGAGUUUUGUGGAGCUUUUGCUCUCAUUGAAGGAGGAUGUUCCAGACGGCCUGUGGAAAGAAUUCAAGUCAUCUGUGCAGUUUGCUCACAGUACGCUACAGGAGAAUGGACUCACUCAGCUAUCCCUGCUGUCUGCUUUGGCUCAGUAUGAUGGGGUUUGGACCAACAGAGUCCUGCAAGGCCUCCUGUCCAAUGAAAGUCCACAGACAGAACAAAUUGAGGAGUUCCUGGUGCAGGAGGGGCAGGUCCUGUUGGAGAUGAGAGUGAAGCAACUGAUGAAGGAGAAGCAGCUUGGGAAGGCUGCACUGCUGGCAAAGACAUGCUCUGAGUGUCCUCUUCUCCAAGGGAAGGGACCUUUCAAGCAGAUGUACCUGGUCUGCCUCUGUGCUACCUCAGAACAGGAUCGGCUCAUGGACGAGCUUUCAAAGGAGGACUGCCGUGAUGCAUUAGAGAUGAUCUGCAAUCUGGAGUCAGAUGGAGAUGAGACGGCAGCUUUCAGUUUAUGCGCAGCCUUCCUGAGCCGACAGCUUCUCCGAGGAGACACAUACUGUGCUUGGGAGCUCACUCUGUUUUGGAGCAAGCUGUUGAAGCGUCUGGAGCCGUCAGAGCAGGCCUUCCUCGACAGAUGCCGCCAGAUGUCCUUACUUUCCAAAACCAUGUAUCACAUCCUGUUCCUCAUCAAGGUCAUCCAAUCAGAGAUGGACAGUGUUGGACUACCAGUGUGCAUAGAAAUGUGCAUAAGAGCUCUGCGAUUGGACUCAGAUGAUGGAAACACCAAGGCCACUGUGUGUAAAACGAUUUCCUGUUUGCUUCCCUCUGACUUAGAGGUCAAGCGGGCCUGUCAGCUGACUGAGUUCCUCCUGGAGCCAACAGUGGACUCUUACUACGCUGUGGAGACGCUUUACAACGAGCCGGAUCAAAAACUAGAGGAGGAGAAUAUGCCCGUCCCCAACUCACUACGCUGUGAGCUCCUGCUGGUUUUUAAAACCCAAUGGCCUUUUGACCCAGAGUUCUGGGACUGGAAAACACUUAAGCGUCAUUGUCUAGCACUAAUGGGUGAAGAAGCUUCAAUAGUGUCAUCCAUUGACUUACUGAAUGACACCGAGAGCCCAGAAGAAGAGGAAGACUCCCUCAGUAAGGAGGGGUUUAACAAUAUCCCAGACCAUUUAGUCAGUGGCACUUACGAACUAAAAGAUAUCACAGACAAGAAACAGAAAAACAGAGAAAUGAAGAAACUGAGAGAAAAAGGUUUCAUAUCUGCCAGGUUUAGAAACUGGCAGGCAUACAUGCAGUACUGUGUGCUGUGUGACAAGGAGUUCCUUGGCCACAGGAUUGUACGCCAUGCACAGACUCACCUGAGCGGAGGAGUAUACAGCUGUCCUAUAUGUGCUCAGACCUUUACCUCAAAAGAUACAUUGAUUCCUCAUGUAACGUCACAUGUCAAACAGUCGUGCAAGGAAAGGCUAACUGCAAUGAAAACAAACAAGAAAUUGGCUAAUCCCAAAACGGCUGCUCCUGUUAUUGCAGCGUUGAAGGCCAAGACAGAAAAUGAACUGUAUGAAAAUGGUGAUUCCCCGGGGCAGAAUGGGGGGUCGGCUCAUAAUGUUCAGGCCAGAGUGGAGAGGUGUAACAUUGAGUGUAGUGAUGACAAUAUUUGCCCUGUUGGAAAAUGCAGAAGAACCUUCAAAUUUUUCAAAAAUCUCAUUGCACACGUUAAAGCUCACGGGGACGACGAGGAGGCAAAGACAUUCCUGGAAAUGCAGACCAAAAAGGUUGUUUGCCAGUACUGCCGCCGCCACUUUGUUAACGUCACCCAUCUGAACGAUCAUUUACAGGUCCACUGUGGUGUGAAGCCUUAUAUCUGUAUACAGUUAAACUGCAAGGCAAGUUUCUUAUCCAACACUGAACUCCUUAUACACAGGAAAACACAUUCUGUUUUUAAGGCCAGAUGCAUGUUUCCUAAUUGUGGAAAGGUUUUCAAUGAGGCCUUCAAACUGUAUGACCAUGAGGCAAAACAUUAUAAAACUUUCACUUGUAAAGUUGUAGACUGUGGGAAAGUAUUACAUUCACAACAGCAGCUGGAUUUGCACCAAAAGGAACAUGCCACUCAAGAGGAAAAGCCAUCGUCUGAGCAGACCUCACAAAAUAUCCAGCCUGGCCCUUCACUCAUCGAGCAAAUGCUUUCAGACCAGACUCCUGUUAAACUAGAGAAUUCCCAAGAGAACUGGAGCAGUGAAAGUGCUGUUAAUCCAGAUCAGGGAAGGCUGCCAGUGUCCAUUGAGGAUUUGCUCAAAUCUUCACAAGCACCUGUGGAAACCUUAGGACAUUACAGAGUCAAACAUGAACCACAAAAUCCGCCUUUCCCCACCAGUCAGAGUUUAAGUAGUUCUGUGAUUCAGCCUGUGAACUCCCACAUGUCUGAUCCUAACAGACACAGAGAUGGUUCAGGUGGUCACUCUUUUGAUUACAUGAGACCACCUCAGCAGAAUCAAUCAGUACAUCCAUUUGAAUCAAACUUAGGUAACAUGCCACUCGGCUGUAAUUCACAUGUCUUACAACGCCAGACUCAAGUGUUCCCCACUAAUGUGAAUGCUGGAUCAAUGAGUUACAACUCUGACUGCAACUUACCAUUGCCAGGACAGCAGCGGCCGAUGUGUAGCAGCAACCUGUUAUCAGUAUCACCGCCCCAAAACUCCAUAGAGCCAGCAAUGUCACAGCCACUUCCUCCAACAGUAACCCCGCAGCCGUUUGCUGGGAGCAGAUCCGAGAACUCUGUGACGUCCUCAACUACUACAGGUUCCCCUCCAGGACAGAGAGAGCGAUUUCAUUGUGCAUUUGAAUUGUGUACGAGGCACUACAGCUCCUACAGAAGUGUUUCCAAGCACAUGAAAACGGUUCACCCAGAUUUCUAUGAGCAAUGGAAAGUUACCAGAACUAAAAUCAAGAUAACCUACACUUCAGCACAGAGCGCACCGUCUGUGGGACAUCUCAGUUCAGUCACCUCACCUCAGAAUCAGCACUGCAACAGCAGCAAAGUACCAGUUCAUGGAGUUCAGAGGCAGAACGUUAUCCAAUCACCUCCUUACACCAACAUGGGUACAACCUCAAACUAUAAUACUCUGCAUUCCCAUUCUUCAUCGGCCCACAACCACAAUGCUUCACUCCUGAUGGAAAAUGUUUUGAAUCCCAUUGUUCUCUCUCAGUUAGGAAGUGAUACAAACCCCCACUCCCAAGUGUCAGGUGGUCAGAACUGGCACUCAGCCCCUGGUAUCGAGCAAAUUCAAAAUUGUGGCUCUUCACAAGUCUAUCCAUCUAACUUGCAAGUGAUGCCUCAAGUCGAUUCUAGCAGUGCUGCUCUCCCACUCAGUGUCCCAUCCUGCUCUAUGAUAGGAUCAACAAUGAACAGACCAACAGAGUCCUUGCAGCCACCACUUAUGGAAAAUGGGUCCCAGUCAGUUUUCCCCUCAUGCAUGGACAGUGCAAAGGAAGUGUCACAGCAAGCAGAAGACCUUCUUCUGCCAUAUACAUCGCAGAUGCAGAGCAGUUUAGUCUCAGGUUCCAAGGCGCCAGAAAAAACAAUGCAAACCCAGUCCAGUUUUCCCUCUCCAGACAGCGCAGGCCAGAACAGCAGCAACAGCCAGCCUCCAAAUGCGCCGGUUGUCUCUGAAAACAAUCCCGAAAAUCAAAAGCGGGCCAGAAGAAACAAAAGAACCAAAUGGCCAGCUAUUCUUAGGGACGGCAAAUUUGUUUGUUGCAGGUGUUUCAGACAAUUUAAUAGUCCCAAAUCCCUCGGAGGACACUUGUCCAAGCGCACCAUCUGCAAACCAUAUGAAGAGUCGGAACUCAAUACAGAUUUGCCAACAUCAUUUCUUGACCUCCUCAAUUCAGAGCAAACUGUUGGCCCGGUUGCUCAGCCACAGUUGUCCUAUAAUCCUGCUGCGGUGUAUGAGGAAAAGCCUCAUGAGUCUGUAACAAGUGUUUCAACAGCCACAAAGGAUUACCCCACUGCCAAUUACCCACAAGAUAAUUUGCCAACAUAUGGGAAUGGUGAGUCAAAUGAUGACAUUCUGAAACAAAUAAUGGCCGAAUCCAAUAUGUCUGAUCUUUUUGUGCACACACCUGCUCCCCAGCCAUUGUUUCAAAACCCAUGUGUUCCCUAUGGAGCCGGUGAGCGUUUGCCAGGGAGCUCAGUCAUACAGCAUACAGAAAAUGUCCAGCUGAAGCGAGGGGAAAGACGAGAGGACAGUUCAUAUAGUACAAUCCAUUAUCCUCAGCCAAGCAUUCAUACAUUUGCUGAAAGUGAAUUCCCUGACCCGCUUCUUUCUCAAAUCCUCACAGAAACCCCCCUCAUUGCCGUUCCUGGCAGUGUCUCCACAAACCAUGUGACUCCCGGGGAAAUUCACAGUGAAGGCUAUGACUCUGAAACAGCCAUUCAGACACCGGAAACGGAUUCAAACCCAGUGAUGCAAACAGUCUUACCUGAUAGUCAGAUAUGUCCAGCAACAACAAGUGGCAAGCAAGCUGAGACACAAAGGAAGACGGCUGAGCAAGAUAUUAAGAAGAGGCUGCGGGAGCAGAUUUUGGCCGGCGACUUUCAGCGUAGAAACAGCUCGUGUCUUUCAGGCAACACUGACCCUAAUGCCAACUCAAAGAUGUCUUUUGGCCUAAUGUGCAGUCCUUCCAAUAAUUCUGGACAUCAUCAGCUGUUUCGUGAUGUAAAGAGUGACUCAGCUAGUCAAGGACAAGUCAUUCAAGAAAACUGUGCAAUCAUCCCGGGAACCUCUGGCGAAAUCGAACGGCUACUGAACACACGCAGCUUUACUUGUUUCAGAGAGACCUCUGACCCGCAGCAGGAGGUACUGAGCCCCACAGGGAUUGCAGCGAAUGAUACAGAUUCUGAACCCACGCAGUUAUCUGCCAGCCAGCAACAAUGCAUGACAGAAAUUCAAAGUGCAUUUGAAAGGCUCAACUUGGUCAGAGAAAUGUCUGAUCAGAUGUCGGCUUCCAUGAAACAAAAUACCAAUGUUCCAACCAGCCAGACAGCACUUGCAAAGGUCCAGUCACGCAGCUCGCCUUCGUCCACCUCUGUCAAGCCGUUCGCCUGUGAGAACGAGAACUGCACAUUUAGUUCCAUGUCAAGUGAAGCGCUUUGGAAACACCUGUCCAAAACUCACAACUACACACUUGAGAUGGUGAAUGUGGUUAAAAAAAGGUAUGGUCAGUAUGCUCCAUUCAAGUGUCAAAAGUGUAGUAAAACAUUCACUCGAAACUCAAACCUUCGCACUCACUACCAGUCAGCUCACAAAUUAUCAGCUGAGGAAAUCGCAGAUCUAGAUAUGAAGCGCAGGUUGGCCAAAGCUGCUGCAUCCGCUGCUAUUCAAAAGUGGCCUGCCAGGCCAAGCCAGGCUCCAGCAGCUCAGACCAAAGCAGCGACUCCUUCACUGGAGAACAGAGCACAUCUCUAUUCAUUCCAAGACGCAGCAAAAUGUGAUUACGUAUCACAGGCAUUUGUACCAGGCACUAACAUGGACAUAACUAAUCCGAAAUUUCAAGAUGACAAUCGCUCCACAGUCAUUCAUCCUUUGCAAACAGCCCCUAUGCACAAACAAGCAGUGUCUCCCCCUGUACAGGCCCACACCUCCACGUCAGCACUUCAGUCAGCACGAGCAGGGACGGCGACACAACAGUGGACACAUGGACAGCAAAGAAACCUGCCCAGGGUGCCCACUCAACACACAAGUGGUCAACAAGUUGGAGACCAUUUGCCCGAAGCUCCGUCCUCCACACCUGAGGCUAACGGGCUUACGUCUCUCGACAGACAGUGUGCCGUCAACAGGCAGUCAGUCGUGAAGCCGAGCAUGGAUGUGACCAAGAAGACAAAAGAGAAGAAGUCCAACUCGGAAGAUGCCACGAGUCCUUACAGACCAUAUCGCUGUGUUCAUCAAGGCUGUGUGGCAGCCUUCACCAUCCAGCAUAAUCUGAUCCUCCAUUACAGGGCUGUUCACCAGUCUGCUUUGUCAGCACUGGAGGUGAACAAGGAGCAGGACCAGAGUGAGGGACUGGAUGAAAUAAUGGAACAUGAUGGGGAGGAGCCAGAGGCAGAGAUCCCCCAAAUUUCUGAAUUCAGAUGUCAAGUCAAAGACUGCUCCCGAGUUUUCCAAGAGGUUCCCAACCUUUUGCAGCACUAUCUUCAGCUGCAUGAAUUCAGUCUCGAUAAGGUUGGCAAUCUCUUAUCUGGCAUCAAGCUCGGCAGGUUUGCUUGUGGCCACCAAGGUUGCACAGUAUCCUUCACUAUUCUCUGGAAGUAUAUUGGGCAUGUCAAAGAACAGCACAAAGAUAUAAGGCUUUCCAAACCAGAACAAAUCAAUGGCUCGUUCAAGUGUGAAAUCGAAGGCUGUGACCGCUCAUAUGCGACAAAGUCAAACCUGCUCAGACAUGUCAUGAAAAAGCAUCAGGACCUGUACCAGCCUAAACUCAAAAAUCAACAGAUAAAAGAAGACGGGAUGAAACAGAACUCAAAGACUUUGCUUUACCAAAUUACCAAGACGAGUAACGGGAAGGAAAACAUUGAGAGCAAUAAAAAGAUCAUACAGAGGGCGAAUGACUCGAAGAGAGUCAGCAAGUCAAAAAACAAUCACUGGACAAAAUAUGGAAAACCCUCCUUGAAAUCUAAAGUGGAGGCAUCUGCAAUGUGCACGAAGAAAUUUCCUCUGCAAUACCCCUGCAUGAUCAAAGGCUGUGAGUCAGUCAUGAAAUCAGAGCGGAGCAUAUUAAAACAUUACAUGGGACAUGGGCUGUCAGAAAAGUACCUGGAACAGCAAAGGAGUCACUUCAUAUUCUGUAAAAAGGUUCCCAGGCAGAAGUGUCGGUCCAUCAGGAGUGAUGACUCCAAAUCAGACAACACCUCUGACCUGUCAGAAGCAGAGCUGGCAGCAGACACCAGCCUGGAAGGAGGAGAAUAUGGAUAUUCAAAACCCGUCCUGCGCAAAAGGACCUCCACGGGGAUCCCUGCAGCGUUGUUCGACAGCAAACUAUCAAAUGAUGAGAGUUCUGAUGGCUCUGUGGUGCUCAAACGUAAACGAGGACGUCCACGAAAGCUGAUUGAAAAAAUAGUGAAACGCAAGAAAAUUCCACGCACAACAAAGACGGACGUUGUUUACAGCAAGGACGAUGAAUCGGACUCCUCGUGCCCUGCAGUGCUGCAGGAGGAGAUGACUGAGCAGAGUGCUCCACUGGCCUCCUUUAAACCUAUGGGAUUUGAAAUGUCUUUCUUAAAAUUCCUGGAACAGUCAAAUAAAUCUGAACACACCUUCACGAGGAAGGUGGAUGUGCCAGAAACAUGGAGAAAAACAUCCAGUGUGAACACCAAAGACACCUGUGUCAGGUUCAGCAACCCUCAGAAUCUGAAAUCACUCAGUAAGGUUAAGAUAAUUAUAGAUGCGGCCUUUUCAGGUGUCACUGACCUUAUGUUGAAACAGCUGCAGGCCAUGCAGCCUGUGGUGGUGUUGGAAAAAAAUGACUAACUUGUUCCUUUGUUGUUGUUGUUAAGCAGAAUCUCAGGACUUGAAUGAGUAAACUCUGCUGCAGACUGGUGCCCUUAUAUAUGACUUGUUUUUUACACACUGAGUUAAAAAAAAACAGUUGUUUGGAGUUAUACUGUAAUAUGAUCUGUACAAUUUGUCUUUUUAUAGAAAUGUGUAUAGCAUGUUCAUUAAAGAUUUUGCUGAUAAUUAAAAUCUGGCAUCAGCUUCGGGUGUCUUAAUUAUCCCUGUGGGACAUACAAACAGAUGGACUUUGAAAUGGAUUCUAUUGUUGUGUGUAGUUUGUGAUUUGAAGAUGUUGAUUCUUGUGCGUUGUGUAUAUAGUUUGAAAUCACCCACUGCCACCAGCAGUCUUACUAUUAAACAAACUGUU